UCCUGCCCCCCCCUUUCUCCUCCCUCUUUCCUUCCCUCCCUUCCUCUCUCUCUCCCUCCCUCCCAGCUCCUGCACCAGGAAACGGCCGGAUCCCAGCAGCGGCCUGACCCGGCUCCACGCUGGCCGCUGGCCGGGAGGAUGAAAGGCCCCAGCAGGGUACUCCUUGCCACCAGCGCUGGGUCCUAAGAGCUGCCAUCCAGGCUGGCCGCCCGGAUGGCGACCCCAGCCUCAGCCCCAGACACACGGGCUUUGGUGGCAGACUUUGUAGGCUAUAAGCUGAGGCAGAAGGGUUAUGUCUGUGGAGCUGGCCCUGGGGAAGGUCCAGCCACUGACCCACUGCACCAAGCCAUGCGGGCAGCUGGAGAUGAGUUUGAGACCCGCUUCCGGCGCACCUUCUCUGACCUUGCAGCUCAGCUGCAUGUGACCCCAGGCUCAGCCCAGCAGCGCUUCACCCAGGUCUCUGAUGAACUUUUCCAAGGGGGCCCCAACUGGGGCCGCCUUGUGGCCUUCUUUGUCUUUGGGGCUGCAUUGUGUGCUGAGAGUGUCAACAAGGAAAUGGAGCCACUGGUGGGACAAGUGCAGGAGUGGAUGGUGGCCUACCUGGAGACACGGCUGGCUGACUGGAUCCACAGCAGUGGGGGCUGGGCGGAGUUCACAGCUCUAUACGGGGACGGGGCCCUGGAGGAGGCACGGCGUCUGCGGGAGGGGAACUGGGCAUCAGUGAGGACAGUGCUGACAGGGGCUGUGGCAUUGGGGGCCCUGGUGACUGUAGGGGCCUUUUUUGCUAGCAAGUGAGAAAGCCAGGGCCAGGUGGGGCUAGGUGAGACUGUGGGCCGGGAGAGCAGGAACAGAACAAAGAAAUGCCCUUGGAAGAAGUGAAGUGAAUGGAUGGGAACGGGGCAGGCAUGGACAGGGGAAAGGUAGUGUGUGAGGGAGCUGAGCAGGCCAGGCAGGUGGUUUGAAGAGUAAGCUGGAAACAUUGGGUAAUGUUUAGGGAUGAUCAAGGGGUUAGGAGAUGGAGUCAUUCAGGGUUGGAGGGAGGUGGGAGGGUCAUGCCAUGGGUAUGGGCACAUGAAACUAUCUGGAGCUUGGUUUGCUGCCCUCAGGAAGGUGAACUUGCAUACGGGAUUGCAUCUCCAUUGGAAGAGUUGGGAUUUGGGGGACACAGAAGGCACAUCCCUUUAGAGUGGGAGCUCAGGGCUCUGGGUGAUAGGGAGAGGUGGCUGUGACGGUGGGCUGCUUGGACACACGUGUGCAUGUGCACGUGUGCUUGUGUGCAUGCUGGGCUGCUUGUCUAAUCCAGUGGUGGCGGGAUUCCUCCAGGAGAAAACUCUCCCUCUCACAGUGGCAAGAAGAAGGGGAAGUUCUCUGCCCCACCUUCCCACUCCUCCUUCCUCCUCCCCUUGUCCUGAUGCUUCAAGGCUAAGGGACAUACACUGUAUCCAGUCACAGGGCUUUGGCACUGCUCCGCAGAGAGUCCCUAGCAGGGCUUCGGAAAGACGAGCAGUUCUGCAGCUGGCCUUGUUCCUUCAUCAUCCCCCUUCCUUGUGCAUCACACACUUGCUGCUGCCUAUUGGGCUCUGACAAAAGGGCAGGGCUGUGGCGCCUGGGUGGGUAGAGGCUUCGGUAGCUGGAACUGCCUGCUGCCCUCUCUUCCACUAGGGCACAAUGGUGCCUGAAGUGUUUUCUGUCUCUGGGACCUCUGAACCCAAACUUAAACUCUAAAUUGGGGCUCUAACUAAUUUCCCUUUUGAGGGUGUGGACAUAAAUGCUGGUCUAGAAGAUAGCCUUGGCCCAUGCUGUGUCUCAGUGAGACUAUUGAUGCCUUGAGAGGAUCAUUCCAACUCUGAAGCCCAUGGGUGUGAGGGUGACAGGCACAAAUGACUGGCCUAUUCUGUGUGGAGGGCUUUGGUGCUGCUUUAUCUGGGGCCAGGUGUAUGGGUUCUAGAGUACCUACUAUAACCUAGAAGCAUUUAUGUUUCCUUUGAUGCCACGCUAUUUGCAUGGGUGUUACUUGUCUGUACUUCAGAGCCUGAGGAUGUUCAUUGUAGAACUCACAGUCCUCUAGAACAGAUCUGAGCAUAGCUUUUUCUUUUGAGGAAGAAAUGAUUCACUCCAGAUGCAUGCCCUGAGCCAGACCUCACUGCUGCACUUUCUAAGGUGCUCACAUUGCUGCUCUCCAGUGCUGACUUCACAGUGCUCUAGAACCCUGCCCGUCGUCCUGAGCACUGACCAUCUUAGCUAGACCGUGGUUGACUCAUGUUGGAGAUUUUCACUUGGUCCCAGGAUGUGGCAACAUAGUUGUGCUCGCUAGAAUGUGGGACCAAAUUGGCCUCAGGUGUGUAGUCCAGAUUUUUUGCUUUUGAGAGAGGGCUGCACUUUUUAAUGGUAUUUGUAGGGGAUGGUAGACUGCAUGUGCCACUUGGUCUGUUGUGAGUGUGCUGAGCCAGAAACUCAGAGCCGGUCUGUGGCGAGCAGUUGGGGUGGGGGGGUCUCUGACUUGCUCAGGACAAACUAGGCCAGUGGUUUUCAAACUGCUUGGCAGAGCCCCGAAGUUUCCUAGGGGUUGCCUCAGGAGUCCUAGGGGAGAUGAAGGGGGUGGGGGCUGAGCAGGCUGGGCAACUUGCCCUCAGACAGAACAGCUCCCCUUGUAGCUGUCUUACAUAUCGGGGUUCAGGGUAAGAUUUUAUUUCCAUUAAGGGGUUUGCUGCUGAAAAUAAGUUGGAAAACCACUGACUAGACCAUCAGCUCCAAAUUGGAGCCUGUGCUCCCCAGGUUUGGGACUGACUCUUCACUCUGCCCUCUGCCACAGGACGCCUAUCCCUGCUAGGGUUCUUGGGGGCCUUUAGCAAACAGGCAGCAGGGACCAUGGGCUGGUUACUGAAAUGCCCCACUCUGAGGCCAUUACACCUGGGCGGAAGGAGAGGCUGUUUUCUGAAAGGGUAAAAGGAUUGGUCCUGAUUCCCAGAAGUAUAGCUUGAACGGGACCACAGCGGGCAGUUUUGACCUGCCUGCCCUUCUUAGCUUGA